CUUGACCGAUUUAUAAGGAACGCAACAACGACCGCAACGAUGGAGUCAUCGAUUUUCGGUCGUCGUUACGCUCGACAAUUUUCACCUCUUUGCUCGAUCACGAAGAACCGAAGUUCGCAAGCUGCAGGGGAACAAUUUUCGUACCUGUGCGUAGAUCGCGGAGAGCAAUUGCGAAAGCGAUAAGACGAGUGCAUCUGUUUUAUCGUUCGCUCUGAACGCAUCGCGGAGACAAAGAACAACGAUGACUAGCUUGAUCGAGAGAUAACGUGGCGUCCCAGCAGACGAAAAACAUAACCUUUCGACUGUCAUCGAAGCUCCGAAUGAAAGAAGAAUAAACGAUUGUUAUCCGUUACCGCAAUGGCGAAUGACAGGGAGGUGUUGAGGGAAAUUUGGGAUGGAAAAAUUCCCAUUUGUUUCACGCUCGACUCCGAGGAAAUAUGCGAAUUACAAGGGCCCGAUCCAUUUUAUCUCAUGGUACCUAGGUUAAGUUAUUUCCCGCUUUGUACAGACAAGGUGCGAAAACACUUCAUAAGACACAUACAAGGUGAUGGUAAACAGGAGCACGAAAUGUGGUUAGAGUUCAAUGGUAUUCCCUUGAAGUGGCAUUAUCCGAUCGGUGUCCUUCUAGACAUCUACUCAAACGACGUUCAAUUGCCUUGGAAUAUUGUCGUUCACUUCGACAAGUUUCCAGAGAACGUGUUGAUGCAUUGUCAAAACAAGGAAGUGGUAGAAGCACACUUUCUUUCUUGUAUCAAAGAAGCAGACGUAUUGAAGCACAGGAGCCAAGUUGUCUCUAGUAUGCAGAAGAAGGAUCAUAAUCAAUUAUGGUCUGGCUUACUUAAUGACAAGUUUGAUCAAUUCUGGUCUGUCAAUCGAAAACUCAUGGAGUCCGAGGAAGGUUUCAAGUAUAUACCGUUUAGGUGUUACACGAGUGAAGACAAGUACGUACAGAAACUCGUGAAACCUCUUAAUGAAGAAGGUCAGAGGAAAACGCUUGGAAAUUUGUUAAACGAAGUAUUUCCAGAGAAUAAAAAUGUUACAGUACUGACGCACGGUAUUACUCCACCCAUGGAGACUCCCCUUCAGUGGAUGUCGGAGCAUUUGAGUUACCCAGACAAUUUUCUACACUUGAUCGUUACGUCGUAACGUGUAUGCAACUACCGAUCGAAUAAUCGUCGAUGGGAAUUCCACGGACCGUGAGUCAAACGCUGUAUUCUUUCACCAACGUUAGCUCGUAUUUUAAUCGAAAUCCGCUUACUCGUGGAUCUUUAUAAUACGCAUCUCUGCGUCCUACGUCGUAUAUUUAUUUUAUACAAAAUCGUAAACGAAGUUAUUGUCAAGAAAAAUGACGAUUAAGAAAUAAGAUAAAGCUAUCGUUGUUG